CCGUCGCCUCCAGCCAAGAUGGACAGUCAUCUCAUCAAGACCGUCAACAAACUCCAGGAUUCCUUCGCCACCGCCGGCGUCGUCAACCCAAUCGACUUGCCCCAGAUUGUGGUCGUCGGCAGCCAGAGCAGCGGCAAGAGCUCUGUUUUGGAAAAUAUUGUCGGCAAGGACUUUUUGCCCAGAGGAAGCAACAUCGUCACUCGCCGACCCCUGGUCCUGCAGCUCAUCAACCGGCCCAAGGGCGAGGAUGCCGAUGGCACCCCUCGCAAGCCAAGCGCCGAUUCGGCAGAGCCCGAUGAGUGGGGAGAGUUCCUCCACCUGCCUGGCCAAAAGUUCAGCAACUUUGACGAGAUCCGGGCCGAGAUCGAGCGCGAGACCGAUGCCAAAGUCGGCAAGAACGCCGGCGUCUCGGCGCAGCCCAUCAAUCUCCGAAUCUUCUCGCCCAACGUGCUCACCCUCACCCUCGUCGAUCUGCCCGGCCUGACCAAGGUCCCUGUUGGCGACCAGCCCAAGGAUAUCGAGCGAUUGAUCCGCGAGAUGAUCCUCAAGUUCAUCUCCAAGAACAACGCCAUCAUCCUCGCAGUCACCGCCGCCAACACUGAUUUGGCCAACUCGGACGGUCUGAAGCUGGCUCGCGAGGUCGACCCGGAAGGUGUCCGCACCAUCGGUGUUUUGACCAAGGUCGAUCUGAUGGACGCCGGAACAGACGUCGUCGACAUUCUGGCCGGCCGCAUCAUCCCUCUCAGACUCGGCUAUGUCCCUGUCGUCAACCGCGGCCAGCGCGACAUUGACAACAAGAAGAAGAUCUCUGUCGCCCUGGAGUCCGAGCGCCUGUUCUUUGAGAACCACGAGGCUUACAAGAGCAAGGCUGUUUACUGCGGCACCCCGUACCUUGCUCGCAAGCUCAACAUGAUCCUUAUGCACCACAUCCGCAACACUCUCCCGGAAAUCAAGACCAAGAUCUCUGCUGGCUUGGCCCGCUACACCCAGGAGCUUGCUCAGCUUGGAGACCCCUUGACUGCCGAAGGUGCUGCUCAGCCUUCCAACAUUAUCCUCAACGUCAUUACCGAGUUCUGCAACGAGUACCGCACCAUCAUCGACGGUACCUCGAACGAGAUCUCGAGCGACGAACUGAGCGGCGGUGCCCGUAUCUCGUUUGUUUUCCACGAGAUCUACGGCAACGCCGUGCGCUCCAUGGAUCCCUUUGACCAGAUCAAGGACGUCGACAUCCGCACUAUUCUCUACAACUCCUCGGGCUCCUCUCCCGCCCUUUUCGUUGGCACGGCUGCCUUUGAGGUCCUGAUCAAGCAGCAAAUCAAGCGCUUGGAGGAGCCGAGCUUGAAGGCCGCCUCUAUGAUCUACGACGAGCUUGUUCGCAUCCUGAACAAGCUGCUUCAGAAGCCUAUCUUCCGGCGCUUCCCUUCCUUGAAAGAGCGCGUCUACGGUGUCGUCAUCAACUUCUUCAAGAAAGCCCUGCUCCCGACCAACAAGCUCGUCACCGACAUUAUCUCUGCCGAGGUUUGCUACAUCAACACCGGCCACCCGGAUUUCCUCAGCGGCCACCGCGCUCUGGCGAUUGUCAGCGAGCGCCUCAACCCCAAGCCCCAGCCCCCUCCCGGUGCUGAUCCCAAGGCUGUUCAGCGCACCUCGAGCCCCGCCAUUCCUGCGCGCGACCCCAACGCCGAUCUCAUCAACCCCCCCGACCAAGGAUUCUUUGGAAGCUUCUUCAACAACAAGAAGAAGAAGCCCGGAGUCCUUGAGAACCCUCCUCCCGUCCUCAAGGCCUCGGGCAACCUCUCUGAGCGCGAGUACAUGGAAACCGAGGUCAUCAAGCUCCUCCUCCAGUCCUACUUCAAUAUUGUCAAGCGCACCGCCGCCGACAUCAUUCCCAAGUCGAUCAUGCUCAACCUGGUUGCUUACACCAAGGAGGAGCUGCAGCGCGAGCUUCUGGCUGAGCUGUACAAGCCCGAGGUCUUUGACGACUCACUAAAGGAGUCGGAACAGACCCUCCAGAGACGCAAGGAGUGCAAGCAGAUGAUCGGCGCCCUCACCAAGGCCGACGAGAUCAUCAACGGCAUUUCCUCCUAAGCGAGACUGGCCGUCCCCGGAUAUUGUAGUGUGUGCCGCUUGUGGCCGCCUCUCCCCCCUUUCGAUUGAUUUUAUGCCAGCCCCAUCCAUGUGAAUUCUUUCGUUUCGAUCUCCGACCCAAGGAAUACAUCCUGAGCUCUCUCGUG